AUGGCGGACAUGCCCAUUGUGCUCGACGGAGGAACCGGUUUCCUCAAGGUCGGAUAUGCCGCGCAGAACUUCCCAGAGCACCAGUUCCCCUCAAUAGUGGGGCGACCUAUCUUGCGAACUGAAGAACAGGCCGGGGAUAUCGUCGUGAAGGAUAUUAUGUGCGGAGAUGAAGCCGCUGCCGCCCGAUCGAUGCUUCAGAUCAGCUAUCCUAUGGAAAACGGUAUCGUGAAGAAAUGGGACGAUAUGCAGCACCUAUGGAACUACACUUUCUACGAGAAAAUGGGCAUCGACCCCACCGGUCGCAAAAUCCUCCUUACCGAACCCCCCCAGAACCCCCUGAAGAACCGGGAACAGAUGUGCGAAGUGAUGCUGGAAAAUUACAACUUCGGCGGUGUCUACGUUGCGAUCCAAGCUGUGCUUGCAUUGUACGCCCAGGGUCUCAGCAGCGGUGUUGUCGUGGACUCCGGUGACGGUGUCACCCAUAUUAUCCCGGUUUACGAAUCGACGGUCCUGAACCACCACAUUCGCCGACUGGAUGUCGCCGGUCGGGACGUCACCCGGAACCUGAUCGCCCUGCUUCUCCGUCGGGGUUACGCCCUGAACCGUACGGCCGAUUUCGAGACGGUGCGCCAGAUCAAGGAGAAGCUCGCCUACGUCUCCUACGACUUGGAGCUGGACAAGAAGCUGUCGGAGGACACGACGGUCCUGGUGGAGUCCUACACCCUGCCCGACGGACGAGUCAUCCGUGUCGGUAGCGAGCGAUUCGAAGCCCCCGAGUGUCUCUUCCAGCCGCACCUGGUCGACGUGGACCAGCCUGGUAUUGCCGAAAUGCUCUUUAAUACCAUUCAGGGUGCCGACGUGGACGUCCGUUCCAGCUUGUACAAGGCCAUCGUGCUCAGUGGAGGAAGCAGCAUGUACCCCGGUCUGCCCUCGCGGUUGGAGAAGGAGCUGAAGCAGCUGUGGUUGACCCGCGUGUUGCAAGGGAACCCGGAGAGACUGAACAAAUUCAAGGUUCGCAUCGAAGACCCACCCCGGCGGAGACAUAUGGUGUUCUUGGGUGGUGCCGUGCUCGCCAACCUGAUCGCCGACAAGGAGGAUAUGUGGGUCACAAAGCAAGAAUGGGAAGAAGAGGGUGCUCGUGCCCUGGCCAAACUCGGUCCCAGAUAA